AUGAAUGAAGAAGUUGGGGGUAUACCUUACCUCCUAAGGCUUCUGAAAAGAUUUUUACCGAAGGAUAUAGAAAAACGAGAAACACUAGCUCAGAUUCUAGCCUUAGCGUUAACCUACAUUGUAUACGCUGCCUUCAACUGCGUCCGCUAUCCUAAUUCUGUUGUAAAGACGCGCAUAAUCUUCCAGUGCAAUGUGACCUAUGCAGACAACUGGAAAGAAAGUGAAUUUGGCAUACCCGAAGAAACUAGCUGGUGUGACGACAUAAGUGGAGGCUCCUCGGUGGAGAACCGUAUGGGACUGUUGGAUGCUCUCUUCAUGGCAUCUUACGCUAUAUGCACCUUUAUAAGUGGCAUGCUUGUUGACCGCUACAACCCUAGGUACUUCUUGUCCGCUGGUUGCAUCUUUUGUGGAUUCAUUGCAUGCCUCAUUGGUUUAGCACAGACGUGGGUAGUUGAAGAUUAUAAUUAUUUAAUAAUGUGUUUAAUUUUAUUUGGAGCUGCUCAUUCGACGGGGUGGCCUGUUGUUAUGUCAUGUGCCACACAUUGGUACAAUGGAUCGAGAAGAGGACUUUUCUUUGGCUUCUGGAAUACUCAUCAAUUUUUAGGGAUUUUCAUUGCUAGUAGAUAUGUAGAGCAAGAAUGGGGAUGGUGUUUCUACAUUCCAGCCUUCAUAAUUCUUGCAAUGGCUGUGAUCAACUUUUCCCUAUUUGUCGCCGAUCCCUCGGACUUAGCAUUCUUGGACCGCAAAAAAGAAGUUCCUCUGCAAAUAGAAGAUGCAUUGCAGCUGCCUGGAGUUCUGGAGUUCAGCGGGUGUUUGUUCUUCACUCGGAUAGUCGGUUACGCAUUCAUGGGAUGGCUUCCUGUGUGCAUAUCCGUCGUCGGCAAUUUGAGUGCGCAGCAAGUGACUAUUUACCCACUGUGUUUCUUGAGUGGAGCCUGCAUCGGCGGACUGAUGAUUGGAAUUCUGCACGAUAAGUUUCACAAAAGUGCCUUCUUGUCUUCAGUGUUUCUUUUGCUGUCCAUCCCCUCCGUGUACAUCUUUAAUUCAAUAUGUUUACAGGUACAUCCAGACAACAGCAUAAGCAGAAUGUUUCUCUUCAUGUGGAUAGGAUUCAUAACAGAAGCACCAGUCAUUCUCAUAACCACUUCAAUAUCGGCAGAAUUGGGUACUCAUAAGUUGAUCAAGAGAGACCACAGCGCAAUGGCCACAGUCGCAGGGAUCCUCGAGGGUACUGCAGCACUCGGUCAAAUAUGGGCCCCGAUUGUCAGCGGAUACUUUAUAACGGAAUACAAAUGGAUCUACAUGAUUUACCUGAUGAUGGUGUUGCAGUUCCUUGCGAUGAUGUGCCUCGUGCGCCUUGCAUAUCGGGAAUUCAAAAAGAAAACCGAUUUUGUAUUCAAGGAAUACGUCAGAUCACAUUCCUUUUUCUGA